AUGUCUUGUUGCGCCUCUCUGAUUUCCCUUUUCCUCUUCGCCUUUCUCACAAGCGUCACAGUUUCUGCUCAAGAUCCUAAUUACGUAUACCAUGUUUGUCCAAAUACGACAACUUUCUCCGGAAACAGCACUUACUUCACCAAUCUCAACACCGUUUUGUCUUCUCUCUCUUCCCGCAACGCCUCUUACUCCACCGGAUUCUACAACGCCACAGCCGGACAAGCCCCCAACAGAGUCACCGGAACUUUCCUUUGCCGUGGAGACCUCUCGCCGGAAGUUUGCCGUAGCUGCGUCGCCUUUAUCGUCAACGACACCUUAAAUCGGUGUCCGAAUCAGAGAGAGGUCGUGCUCUAUUACGAUGAGUGUACGGUCAGAUACUCUAACCGGAAUUUUCUCUCGACUCUAAGCACCGAUGGAGGAGUGCGCUUAUCGAACACCCAAGAUAUUACAUCUAACCAAGCAGACCGGUUCAGAGAUUUGGUGUUGUCCACCAUGACCCAAGCCGCAGCUGACGCCGCGAGCAGUUCCAGAAAAUUCGAUGCGAGAAUGGCCAAUUGGACUGGACCUCAGAGUUUGUACGGCCUGGUUCAGUGCACUCCUGAUCUUACGAGACAAGACUGUUCGAGGUGUCUGCAACAAUCUAUCAAUCAAUUACCAACUGACAAAAUUGGGGGAAGAUUUAUUGUUCCGAGCUGUAGUUCAAGAUUCGACCUUUACCCGUUCUACAACGAAUCCGCAGUUACAACACCAACACCGCCGCCGGUUUCUACUCCUCCGCGAUCUGGGAAAAGUGGGAUCUCAAGUGUGGUAGUGUUAGCCAUUGUUGUGCCUGUUAUCGUAGCUGUUCUGCUUUUCAUAGCUGGUUACUGUUUCCUUGCAAAGAGGGCAAAGAAGACUUAUGGCACAGCAUCUGAAUUUGAUGGAGAUGAUAUAACAACCGUAGAGUCGCUGCAGCUGGAUUAUGGAACAAUCCAAGCUGCAACAAAUGAUUUUGCAGAGAGUAAUAAGAUAGGUGAAGGUGGUUUUGGUGAGGUUUACGAGGGUACAUUAUCGGAUGGGACUGAAGUUGCAGUGAAAAGACUGUCAAAGUCAUCAGGACAAGGUGAAGCAGAGUUCAAGAAUGAGGUUGUUCUUGUUGCAAAGCUACAGCAUAGAAAUCUCGUUAGACUUCUUGGAUUUUGUCUACAAGGAGAAGAAAGGGUGCUUGUCUACGAGUAUGUUCCCAACAAAAGCCUUGAUUACUUCUUGUUCGACCCUGCAAAGCAAGCUCAGCUAGAUUGGAGCCGACGAUACAAAAUCAUAGGAGGAAUUGCUAGAGGAAUUAUAUAUCUUCAUCAAGAUUCACGGCUUACAAUCAUACACCGUGACCUCAAAGCCAGUAACGUUCUCCUGGAUGCGGAUAUGAAUCCAAAAAUAGCUGAUUUUGGAAUGGCAAGGAUCUUUGGAAUGGACCAAACCGAGCAGAACACAAGCAGAAUAGUUGGGACCUAUGGAUACAUGUCUCCGGAGUAUGCAAUGCACGGUCAGUACUCGAUGAAAUCUGAUAUCUAUAGCUUUGGAGUGUUAGUUCUUGAGAUUAUAAGCGGAAAGAAGAAUAACAGCUUCUACCAAACAGACGGCGCACAUGACUUAGUCUCAUAUGCGUGGGGGCUUUGGAAUAAUGGAACACCCCUAGACCUCGUGGAUCCAAUUAUCAGAGAGAAUUGCCAAAGAAAUGAAGUUGUUCGAUGCAUCCAUAUCGGUCUUUUGUGUGUUCAAGAAGAUCCUGUGGAGCGUCCGACCUUGUCAACCAUUGUUCUGAUGCUCACUAGUAAUACUGUGACUUUACCAGUGCCUAGGCAACCAGGUCUGUUCUUUCAGAGUAGAAUCGGAAAAGACCCACUUGAUUCAGAGAAAUCUACAACGAGCAAGUCUCUUCUAGGGUCUGUUGAUGAUGCCUCGAUCACAGAUGUAUAUACUCGAUGA